AUAUACUAAUAUCUCUCUUUGAAGUUGAAGAAGUAAGAUCUCCUUCCAUAAGCAUGGCCAAAUACUUCAAAGUGGAGACAGUUUCAAUGGAAUCAAAAGCUGUUGGUUUAAAGAUUCUUACCACCAAAGCUCACACUCAUUCCAAACCCAUUUUCCAAAGGAAUCAAAUUCUAUCUCAUCAUCCACCCCCACCUUGUUUUCUCAAAUCUUGUUUUCUUUGUCACAAGCACCUUCCCCUUAACAAAGAGGUUUAUAUGUACAGAGGGAAUCAAGGCUUCUGCAGCGAAGAGUGCAGGAGCAGACAGAUAUACAUAGAUGAUGUAGCACAACUUGAGAUAUCCACCAAGAAAAUGAUACGCCAAUCUCGCCGAUGUAACAAUCCGCACCCUUGCCCUCGGAAAAACUCCAUGGCUUCUCCUAUAUUUUCAUAACCACUGAUUGGUAUUUUUCAUAUCCAAUUUUGUGGAAUGUUACUUUUGUUGACAAAGACUAAAGAUAUAUGUAGCAUAUUUUUGGAUUGUAGUUGCUAGUCGCUAGAUAGAUGUUAAUAAGUAUUGGAUGGCCGGGUGAAAACAAUUUCAACCCA